AUGGCCCCAGGCGGGCGCCUCGAAGUGCUCGCCGUCCACACGGUGGGUGUCUGGCGAUGGAAGGAUAUCCCGAAAGACCUACAAUGCGUGAUCUGCGAAAACGCGUUUGAGCUACCUUGCGCCCAGUGCGACGCUCCUGGAGACUCCUGUCCCCCUGCAUUUGGGUCGUGCGGACAUAUUUUUCACUUGCAUUGCAUCGGCGCUUGGCUGCAUCGCGACGGCGUGCGGAGCGAAGAGCAGGGGACCUGCCCAAUGUGCAGACAGCUCUGGCAGUAUGCCCCUCAACAACCCGCAAACGGUGCCUCUUCAUCCUCUUCCUCUUUGGGGAACCUCAUGGAGGUGCAGUUGAACGCUCCGUCGUCUCCCGUUGCAGACGACGCGAUGGCAGAAGAAGCAGAGCAGCUGGAGAUGUUCAUUCGCUCCAGCGCCCUUGCCAGUGCAGCGCUCGAUUCACAGAGCUAA